AUGUCUCAACAGGUAUAUGAUGUGGUGAUCGUUGGCGCGGGUCUUUCGGGCCUGCAAGCGGCCCUUACCGUCCACCAUGAGCACCUCAGUUACGUGGUGCUCGAGGCACGAGAUCGAGUGGGUGGAAAGACACUGACUCUACGCUCCAGCGAAGGGGCUGUGAAGUCCGAUCUGGGAGCUGCCUGGAUCAAUGACAGCAACCAAAGUCGCAUGUGGGAACUCGCGAAUGAUCUCGGAUUGCACACAUACGUCCAGAACACCCAGGGCGAUGUCGUCGUCCAGGACUUUGACGGAUCGCUUGUAAAGUUUCCAUAUGGGGAUGUACCAAAGUAUCCCUCGGGAAAUGAUACCGAGUCUUGCAUAUCAAUCCGAGACUUGGUCGAAAAUAUCUCAACCACGCAGACACCUUCGAUCUUCUCGGCAGGACCCCAUCGAGAGCAGCUCGACUCCAUUUCUUUUGAGACGUUCCUGCGCCGUGCAAAGGUCACAGACAAGGCAUUCGCGACCGCACAGGUCUGGACUCACGCUAUGCUGGGCGUUGACCCUGCCGAGGUUUCGGCCUUGUACUUCCUUGAAUAUUGUGCCGCCGGUGGAGGGUUGAUGACCAUGCGCUCAGAUUGCAAGGAUGGAGGCCAAUACCUCCGCAUUCGAGAAGGAACUGCAGCUUUUGCGGAAGGGAUGGCCCAGAAACUGAAGCCAGGGUCGAUCAAACUGGCCUGCCCUGUCGGAGGGAUAGAUCAACAGCAGGACAAGACCGUCUUGGUCUCAACGAGAGGACCCUCGCCGCAAGUGUAUCGCGCUCGCAAAGUGAUACUCUCGAUUCCGACACCGGUGUACAAAACCGUCAAAUUUUCUCCCUCUUUACCCGCGGCGAAAAGCGCGGUUGCCAACCACACCCGCUAUGGUUUCUAUACCAAGUAUAUCGUGAGGUUCAGCAGGCCAUUCUGGACAGAGAGAAACCUGUGCGGUCUAGGACAAUCAUUCGUGGGUCCUGUGUCGGUCUUCCGGGACACUAGUCUGGGCGACGAGGCUUGCAUGACGUGCUUCGUUGGCGGAAAAUUCGGGAGGAAAUGGGCAGCGCAAGAUGCUGAGAGGAAGAAGGCCUCGGUGCUGAAGCAAAUCGGCGCCAUAUUUGCGGAGGGGCGGGACAUUCGGCCGCUCUUUGUCGAGGCUUAUGAGUCGCCGUGGAUGGACGAGGAGUUUUCAGGCUGGGGCUGCCCAUGUCCUGCGAUGCCACCAGGUGUUCUUGCCGACGGAUGGGAAGCGUUGUGCGCGUCGUUUGGUAACAUCCAUUUCGUGGGCACAGAAUUGAGCACUGUCUGGAGAGGCUAUAUGGAGGGGGCGAUCAGAAGCGGAGAGAGCGGCGCGAUGCAGGCGAUUGCUGAGCUGAAGGCCGGGGCCUCGCAGAACGCAAAGCUGUAGGCUUCAUGGAUGAAUGGGCAAACCCCUCUUCUGCCUGG